AAUGAAUGAGGAGGCAAGAUCGGAUGAGAGCGACGCAUCUGAUGAUACUAUGAUUGUACAAGAUGAUGUUGAUGAAAAUUUAGACGUUAAUAGUUCAUUCUACUUAUACUUAAAGCAGUCGUCUUCCUCAAUAAGAAAUGAAAAAUGCCUUCCAAUUGCAACUAUUAAACCUCAAAUAAAGAAGAGGGACGUCAACGAAUUGCAAAAGAAAAUCGAAAAAUUAGUGAGCAUCAAGGAAAUUCAUGAAGAUAGUGGCGUUGAAACGAAUUCAAACGAAUCCUGGGAAGAAACGAAUGAAAAUGGACUCUAUCACGCUAGACGAUUAGAAAAUUUUUCAAGAAAUACCCCUAUAUCCUCUGCAGUAUCUCUUCCAAGUUCUUCUCAUGGAAUUAAGAGAACUAUGUCGGAUUCUCGCCUAAUUAAACCAAGCAUUAAAUUUAAUAGGGAAGACUGCUACGUCAGUUCAGUCAAGACUUUCGAAGUAAUUCAAAGGCAAAUGUCUUAUAACGAAUUUCAUAGAACAGAAUUUGAUAAAAUAGUAUCCAGCUGCCGUCAGAGGCGGAUAAACUCUAAACGAAUCGACAAUAAGCCAAAAUCGAUUUUACGAAAGAGUCAAUCAGACAUGGAGAGAUUGAAUAUAAGCACUCAAGAAACAAAUGAAGCCAUUAGAAUAAAAGAGACUUGCGUAGAUGCUGAUAUUGAAGCACACUGUACUCAUGCACAUUUCAAUGUACCCAAAACUGUAAAAAUAACUACUAUUUGGGAUCGUAAAACAGGCACGUUAUCCUCUUUAGUUUAA